AACCAAUUAAGAACACAAGUAACUCUAAUAUUCAGGCAAAUCGUACGGAUCAGAUGCAAAAAUCUGGCUGAACCUGAAUGGACCCACUCAAAGAUUAAUCCUUCAUCUUCCCAAGAAACCAUCUCAUCAUCACUCUCUCUCUCUCUUACGUAAUCCAGCUUAGGUAACUUGCGCAUUCUUCCUCCUUCCCCAAAUUGAGGAUUUGAUGAUCAAAUUCAAAGAAUACUGAAAUGAAAUGAUUCUGGGCAUACUCAAAUUUUUCCAGAUACCGAAUUCAGUCACUCACUCACUCACUCGUCAGGUUUAACUCAAUUGUAGCAUCUGUUUGAGAAACUUUGGAAUUUAUCUCCAUUUUUGUGGAAGUCAAUGGCAAUGCUUGUGACAUCCGUACCCGUGGGACUGUUCCAAACAAUCAAUACUAGUGCAGAAUUAUCAAGAAAGUUUGUUUGUGGUUGCAUUUCGUAUGAUAGAAGGGAUUUAAGACAUGAAGGGAAAAUAGGGUGGCAACAUGCGUUUCGAGAAAGCUAUGGUCAUGCCGAAAUAUAUCCUGUUAAGAAACUAGGUCUCCAAGCCAGCGCAUUAUCAAGCAUCCCCCUUGAACAGGCUGAGGAAAGAUUGUCAAAGUACCGUUUUAGGACUGAGAAUGGUGGUCAGGUGAAGGUAGCUGUAGGGAAGAGAAGUUUAAAAUAUUCAGUGCAUAUUGAGGUUUUUCUUACUGAAUUUUAUGGCAACCCAGAGAAGCUGAUGUUAAAUUGGGGUAUAUAUAGAUCUGACUCUUUAUCUUUUAUUCCUCUUGAAUUCCAAACCUCGGCUCCAGAGAAGGCAGUUUCUCAAAUUUCUGCGAGGAAGAACUCUUUUGGUACCUACGUAGUUGAAAUAGAAUUUGAAUCAUAUUUAGCCCCAUUCUGUCUAUCAUUUGUGUUGGAAUAUUUAAAGGGUGCUGAUUCAGAAAGUUCAGAGAUAAAAAGUAACAGACAAACUAAUUUCUGUGUUCCUGUUGGCUUUGCUGCUGGGCGUUCAGAUCCAUUGGGUGUUUCUUUUUCCAGCGAUGGUAGGAUGAAUUUCGCUCUUGUCUCAAGAAGUGCGGAAAGUGUUAUCCUGUGUUUGUUCGAUGAUAAUGCAUCAGAGAAACCUGCUUUAGAGAUUGAACUGGAUCCAUAUCUGAACCGAACUGGUUAUGUCUGGCAUGCAUCCUUUGAUAGUGUUGGACCCUUUGUGAGUUAUGGCUACAGAUGCAAAGGAGCUGUAUUUAAUGGAACAAGUAACAGAGUUAUUUUAGAUCCUUAUGCUAAAUUAUUAAGGAAAAAGAUUCCUGGUCUGCCUGAUCUUGGAGAAUUCCGUGCUAUACCUUCUUUUGAUUGGAGUGGUGAUGUCAGUCCUGGGUUGAGCAUGGAGAAAUUAGUUUUUUAUCGGCUAAAUAUAAAGCAUUUUACUGGGGACAAGUCCAGUAAACUACCUGCUGAUUCCUCUGGAACCUUCUCUGGUGUUACUGAAAAAGUCGAGCAUUUCAAAAAUCUAGGAAUUAAUAGUAUAUUGUUGGAGCCAGUGUUUCCAUGCGACGAGAAAAAGGGCCCCUACUUCCCCUUCCAUUAUUUUUCACCAAUGCAGGAAUAUGGACCUGAAGGUGACUCUUUAUCUGCUAUUAAAGCAAUGAAAGAGAUGGUAAAGAGAAUGCAUGCCAAUGGAAUACAGGUUUUCUUGGAAGUUGUUUUCACUCAUACCACUGAAGAUGGAAUACUUCAACAAAUUGAUCCUUUAUCCUAUUCUUAUACCGAUAAGAACGGAGAAUUGAGUGCCAGGUAUGCUUUGAACUGUAACUAUCGAACCAUGCAGCAGAUGAUUGUUGACAGUCUCUUCUAUUGGUUGACAGAGUUCCAUAUAGAUGGAUUUUGCUUCAUAAAUGCUUCAGAUCUCUUGAAAGGCUCUUUUGGAGAGAGCUUAUCUCGCCCCCUUUUAGUUGAAGCUAUUUCUCAUGGUACCAUGCUUUCAAAAACCAAGGUAAUUGCAGACUUUUGGGAUCCAUUUGAUAUGAAAUACAAAGAAACCCGCUUUCCUCAUUGGACAAGAUGGGCCGAAAUAAAUACAAAAUUUUCUAGUGAUGUGAGAAAUUUUCUGAGGGGUGAAGGACUAAUAAGCAGUCUUGCAACGCGACUUUGUGGAAGCGGAGACAUGUUUUCUGCUGGAAGAAGUCCAGCACAGUCCUUUAAUUAUGUUUCCAGAAACGUUGGUCUUCCGCUAGUCGAUUUGGUUAGUUUCAGCAGCAGUGACCUUGCUUCUGAAUUAAGUUGGAAUUGUGGGGAAGAAGGGGCUACAGAUAAGAAAAUCAUCCUUGAAACACGACUUAAACAAAUUCGUAACUUUCUAUUUAUCUUAUUUGUAUCAUUUGGUGUUCCAGUGUUAAAUAUGGGAGAUGAGUGUGGGCAAUCAUCUGGUGGAUCACCUUCAAAAAAGGAUAGAAAGCCUUUAAAUUGGAGUGCACUUAACACUGCUUUUGGUGUUCAGAUGACACAGUUCAUUUCAUAUCUGAUUACUCUGAGAGAAAGGCGUAGCGAUCUUCUGCAGAAGAAGAAGUUUUUGGAAGAAGAAAAGAUUGAUUGGUAUGACAGCGAUUUGUCUACACCAAAAUGGGAUGAUCCAUCAGUUAAAUUCCUGGCUAUGGAACUCAAGGCUGAUAACAAAGGCAUUCAAAGUUACAAUCACAUGAAGGGAAACUUGUAUGCUGUCUUCAAUGCCGGGGAAGAUUCAGAAAAUGUCAUCUUACCAUCACCCCCUGAGGGGAUGGCUUGGGUACGACUAGUUGACACAGCUCUUUCAUUUCCUGGUUUUUUCUCGUUGGAUGGCAUUCCCGUUCCUGAGCAAGAAUCUGGCCUGAUAGAGUAUGAAAUGAAGUCACACAGCUCUCUACUUUUUGAAGCGAGGAUCCAGAAUGUGAAUGCUUCAGUUUUGUAGUUCUGAACUGGAAAUUAGUUCUUAAAAAAUAGUAAUUGUGCAUAAAAUAAAGUGUAUUAGUCAUGAAAUCGUCCAAAUUUCUUAAAGAUAUAAUUUUACAGCAAAGUCACUUGUAGUUGUAACAAGAGACAACGAUGUAGUACCCUCAAUUGUGCUGUUUGAUGGUUUUGCUCAAUACAGUUUUUUGUUCAAUAUA